GGAAAUUGAAGAAAAAGAAGAGAAGCGGAGCAGUGAUUUUCAGCAGCUACGACUCAUCGCUCUGCUCCGUACCUUCGUCGUUCUGUCCCACUCAGAACAAUGCCUUCACUGUUCAUACCACUAACUACAUUUCGUAGAGGGACGUAGCUUAGAAGUGAUAGCAUUUGCAUCUUUACUCUUACGGCCAUUGCCAUCUCUGAAACUGAAAGAUUCAAAGAAAGCUGCAGGAUUUGUAUAUAUAGCUCGAAAAUGGUGGUCCAAACGUGUGCUGGAUUUCUCAGUGAGAAGUCAAAACAAUGGCUGCUCAUUCCACAUUGCUCAGUUUAAUACUCAUUGGUCUGGUAGCAGUUUUUAUCUUCUCUGUUGAGCAUACAGUUUCAUCCUUUGUUGAAGGUGAUGGGGAUGGAGAUGAUCAGCAAUUUGAUUUCUCAGUUGAGGAUGUCCCUGAGAAUCAUUUCACGUACUCGGACAUGAGCAACGGGUUUGAUGGAGUGGUUCAAAAGAAGAAUGAUGCUUGGAGUAUGGUGGAGACAAGACAGAACCAAUUUGUAGUAGAUGGCCAACCGUUCUAUGUUAAUGGUUUCAACACUUACUGGUUGAUGGUAUUUGCAGCGGAUCAAUCCACAAGAGGAAAGGUCACAGAAGUGUUUAAACAAGCUGCUUCUGUGGGAUUUACAGUUUGCAGGACUUGGGCCUUCAAUGAUGGCCAGUGGAGAGCUCUUCAAAAAUCUCCAUCUGUGUAUGAUGAAGAAGUCUUCAAGGCAUUAGAUUUUGUGAUUAGUGAAGCAAAGAAGUAUAAGAUAAGGCUGAUAUUAUCAUUAGCAAACAAUUGGGAAGCAUACGGCGGCAAAGCACAAUAUGUGAAAUGGGGAAGAGCUGCUGGCCUCAAUUUGACAUCUGAUGAUGAUUUCUUCUCUGAUCCAACUCUCAGAAGCUACUAUAAGGCUCAUGUUGCGACGGUGCUUAAUAGAGUGAACACAUACACAAACGUGAUGUACAAGGAAGAUCCGACCAUUUUCGCCUGGGAACUAAUGAACGAACCUCGUUGCACAUCAGAUCCUUCUGGCGACAAACUACAGGGAUGGAUUCAAGAAAUGGCUGUGUUUGUGAAGAGCAUGGAUCCAAAGCAUUUAGUGGAGGUUGGUCUGGAGGGAUUUUAUGGCCCAUCCACACCCAAUAGAGUUCAGUUGAAUCCAAAUACAUAUGCUCAACAAGUUGGAACUGAUUUCAUCAGAAACCAUAAAGUUCUUGGUGUUGAUUUUGCUUCAGUUCACAUUUAUGCAGAUACAUGGGUUUCUCCAUCCGUCUCGGAUACCCAUCUCCAAUUCACCAAAUCAUGGAUGGACGCUCACAUAGAGGAUGCAGAGAAGUAUCUCGGCAUGCCAGUCAUCUUCGCCGAGUUCGGGGUAUCAUCGAAGGAUCCCGGAUACAACUCGACUUUCAGGGACGCAGUUCUUAACUUGGUAUACAAGACCUUGUUGGGUUCAACAAAGAAAGGAGGGAGUGGAGGAGGAAGCCUGGUGUGGCAGCUAUUCCCUGAUGGAACUGACUACAUGGAUGAUGGUUAUGCAAUUGUGCUCUCCAAAUCUCCUUCAACCUCAAACAUAAUAUCUCUGCAUUCCACAAGACUGUCCAUCUUCAACUCCAUUUGUUCCAUGAGAUGUCGUUGGGGUUGUAAGAAGAAAAAUCUUAUGGAUCUUAUCUUUCCCGACCACCAUGAUCAUGACGAGAUGUAACGUGAACGAACUCAUGGUCGAGAAUACGGGUAUUCGAUCCUUAUGGAUUAUUCAGAAGGCUACAUCUGAAUUCCUUGUAUCAUAAAUAAGAACUUUCUUGAUGGUAUGAUCUUGCUUUUAGUUAACUA